GCGGCGCGCUCAUCCCCGAGGGGCCCCUGCAACCUCUCCGCGCGCAGACGGUUCCAGCCCUACGGGGACGGAAAAGUAACUUCGCUUUUCUCGGAAGAACCAGGAAGAUUAAUCGGCCAGGGAGAAGGCAGGAGCGCGCGGAGGGUGGAAUAAUUGUGGGCUGAGACGCGCUCCGGCAGAGACUAUGUAAUCGGCUCGGUGACUGUACAGCGGACUGCGCUUCGGGGAGGGAAGAGGAGGGAUCGGUUCGCUUCUUUGCGACUCGGCAGGCGGAGUUUCGCAGCGGCACCAGUGUCGCGCCCGCCCGCCCGCGGGGAGGUCGCUCCAUCCAGCCCCGCCGGCCGCGAGAGCCCGAGCGCCGGAGCGCGGUAGUCGGCUGGGGUGAGGGAGAGCCAGACCCAGCUCCGGGGCGCCAGGGAGCGGGCCGGGGAGUCCCGAGGAAGGCGAGCGGCGGUCGCAAACCAGCGGAGCGCGCCCCCAGCUCGCUCCAGCGGUGCGGCGUCCAGGCGGCAUGGAGAAGGACGGGCUGAGCCGCGCGGACCAGCAGUACGAGUGCGUGGCGGAGAUCGGGGAGGGCGCCUAUGGGAAGGUGUUCAAGGCCCGGGACCUGAAGAACGGAGGCCGUUUCGUGGCGCUGAAGCGCGUGCGGGUGCAGACCGGCGAAGAGGGCAUGCCGCUCUCCACCAUCCGCGAGGUGGCGGUGCUGAGGCACCUGGAGACCUUCGAGCACCCCAACGUGGUCAGGUUAUUUGAUGUGUGCACGGUGUCACGAACAGACAGAGAAACUAAACUAACAUUAGUGUUUGAACAUGUUGAUCAAGACUUGACCACUUAUUUGAAUAAAGUUCCAGAGCCCGGAGUGCCCACUGAAACCAUAAAGGAUAUGAUGUUUCAGCUUCUCCGAGGUCUGGACUUUCUUCAUUCUCACCGAGUAGUGCAUCGUGAUCUAAAACCACAGAACAUUCUGGUGACCAGCAGCGGACAAAUAAAACUGGCUGACUUCGGCCUUGCCCGCAUCUACAGUUUUCAGAUGGCUCUGACCUCAGUGGUCGUCACGCUGUGGUACCGGGCCCCAGAAGUCCUGCUGCAGUCCAGCUACGCCACCCCCGUGGACCUCUGGAGUGUCGGCUGCAUAUUCGCAGAAAUGUUUCGUAGAAAGCCUCUUUUUCGUGGAAGUUCAGAUGUGGAUCAACUAGGAAAAAUCUUGGACGUAAUUGGACUCCCAGGCGAAGAGGACUGGCCUAGAGAUGUGGCCCUUCCCAGGCAGGCUUUUCACUCAAAAUCUCCUCAACCUAUUGAGAAUUUUGUAAGCGACAUUGAUGAACAAGGCAAAGACCUACUUCUGAAGUGCUUGACAUUUAAUCCAGCCAAAAGAAUAUCUGCCUACGGUGCCCUGUCUCACCCAUACUUCCACGACCUGGAGAGGCGCAAGGAGAGCCUGGAUUCCCACCUGCCGCCCAGCCAGAACAACUCGGAGAUGAAUAUAGCCUGAGCUCCCAGCCGCUGCCUCCAGCGGAUCUCCUGGAGAACACCUUUGGUGUCUGAUGGGUCCCCCUGCGUCAGCCCCUGCAGAGCUGCGGGAGAUCACCGGCUGGGGACCUUCUAGCUGCCGUCUUCUGGGUGGACUCUGCUUCUCCGAGGAAACGGCUUAGUUUACUAUUUGAAAUCAAUGCAAGAGUGAUUGCAGCUUUAUGUUCGUUCGUUGUGUGUUUGUCUGUCUGUCUGUGUCAAAAACAUGGAAAAAUUCCAGAAGAGAAGCUGCUGACCAAUCAUGCUGCCAUUUCAUUUUUCUAACCUUGAGUGCUGCCAGAGUAAAAUGAGCAAUCCAGGCACAGCUGAUUGUGACGGAUCUCCCUGCAGCUGCCGGGCCUGAUUUGGUACUUUUGAGUGAACAUGUUGAGUGAGUGUGUGUGUGAUUUUUGAUCUCUUAAAGUGUUACUCUCUGUAAACGACGAGAAUAAUUGAAUUCUGGGGAUUCAAAGUGACCAGUACGUAACAGGCAUCUGUGGACCAAAGGUGGUUCACCAGGAUGGGCUCCUGAAAUUAGAGAGUUGAGCCUAUGUCCUCAGAAUUUCUCUUCUGGCCACAAGUAGUAAAUUUGUUAGUAGUGAAAUGUUCACUAUCUAGAUGAAGUUUUAGACACACAUCCAAGAGGAAAAAAAAUUCUAGUAUCUUUAAGAGACCUAUUUUUUAAAGCACACAUUUCAUUUACUCCUCCAAAAGCUGAAUUACUCAUUCUGAGUACAUUUUAACCUGUAUAAAAUGCUUUAUGGUUUCUUUUUUUUAGAUGCCCUGUAAGCUUUUUUCUUACUUGCUUUGGUUUUAGGGAAUGCACCUCAAAUAGGUCCACAACAUAGAGAAAGCCUUUAUUUCCUGGUUUGAAAUGUAUUUCCUUUUUGGUUCUUUCGUUGUUGUUGUUGUGGAUUUUAGGAAUUUGUCCGAAACUGUUUCCUCGUUUGGUUUAGAGAGUAGUUCUCUGACUAGAGACAGGAAUGCCAUUUGAGCUUUCCCACCUGUGACACUGUACUUUUUCUACAAUGCACUGCCUUAUUUGCGAAGUAUCCAUCUUCUCUAUCCCCCAGCGCCUCUGAUAAAUAUUACUACCCUUACAUUACCGAUGACAGAUUACUUAAAGCUGUUUGCAUGCACUUUCUUCUUUCUUUCAAUGAACCUUUCAUAAAUAGAUUCAGAUUAUGGUUUAUGGCUCUAAUUCCACGAUCCCUUACAGGGUCCCUGUGCUCUCACUCUAAUGCAAUCUUCCUACCUGUCAGUCCCCGUUGUUACCUAGACAAUGAGUGGAAGACUGGUUCUUCUCUAUCACCAGCACAUAGAUGGCUUUAAACUGUUACUUCGUGUUUUACGUUUUUAUGGAGUAUAUUGUCAGUGUAGUAUCUGAGGGAAUAUCUUUUAACUAUUUUUUUUUAGAAAGAAAUAUUUACUCUAAUCUUUCCUCCUUCCUUCAGGCUGUGCUCACUUCCAGUGCCUCUUGCACACUCCUGCUCUCUGCAGAGCCAGCCUGACUCGGGCAUUGUGAAUAGCUUUACUCUUCCUCUUGCCAUUUUCUCUGUAGAUACUUUAUAGUUCAUGCCAUCUCUGCCUUAUUUGUGGUGAGUGCUCAUUUGGCUCUAAUAAGCAGAAGACACCGAGUAAGUAUGUUUGAGGAAUUUUAGCUACUUUGCCUUCUGACUCAUGUUUUGAGUUCAUGCAACCAUUAGACCAUGUUUUAGGGUUAGAGCUUUCAAUGAAUGGACAUUGCUUCGCUGAGUAGAAAAUAUCCCAGGUGAUGUUUGUGUGUAGUCAAGCCUUACCGAAUUCCUCACAGUUUAAUAUUGUAUGUGACUAUCUUGAACAAGAGAAAAAUUGGGAGUUUUCUCCUUGACAGUUUUUCGGAUCAGGACCAUUCUUUUUUUAAUCCAUUUUUUAAUAGUGUUCUGAUUCAAUAACUUGAAGAGGAGGAAAAUUAUUCUAAAGUAAGAUAUGGUGUUGCCCUAUGAACCAGGAGAUCACAGUUCAGUUACUGGUCAGGGCACAUACCUAGGUUGCAGGCUUGAUCCCCAGUAGGGGGCGUGCAGGAGGCAGCCAAUCAAUGAUUGUCUUCAUUGAUGUUUCUAUCUCUCCCUGUCCCUUCCUCUCUGAAAUCAAUAAAAAUAUAUUUUUUAAAAAUAAAUAAAAUAAAGGCACGGAUGAGAAGAUGGGCCAUAAGAAAUGUUUUACACUUUCUUCAUUGUGACAGCAUUAUGUUUUGUCACCACUGUAAAUGCUUGAGAUAUAAUGAAUCCAGAGCAUUUAGGACUAAGUAGACUAGCAUUCUCCCAUGGAAAUGGGAGUUCUGCCUUUUCUUUUGGUUGGGAGCAAUAUACAAAGAUGUUUUUCCUGGGGCCUAGAAAUUGAAUUUUAAAACUCACUGCACUGAUUGGUUAUGAGCUUUUCUGUUAGUAUUCAUGGCUAGAGUGAACAUAACUUGAGUUUUUGCUUUUGCAAAAGUUUUCACAAGUUUGCUCUAGAAAAAUGCAGCUGUUCUAAACUGGAAUUUUUUCAGCAUUCUUUAGAAUUUUAAACAAAUAAGAGCUCAACUUUUAUUUCUACAUAUGCUUUGGGGUCAUUUCUCAGUAGUGUGUAUAAAGAAAACUUAAAGCACAAACUUUAAGGUAUUAGAUCCUUGGCAGAUUAUCCUCUGCGAGGCAGAAUGAGAGGGCAUCUCAGCCUCUCUGAACUUGUUAAGAGACUGCUCAAGCUCUACCAUGAUUGUGGCUGUGACACUUGAGUGAUUCUCUCUUGUUUUCUGUUAUUUCCAUCGGGCUCACCACGUCUGAAAUCCAGGUCCCACACAAACGCCCUUGCCGUUAGGUUCUUGGAAGCAUAUAGCAGAGUGCAAACUUACUGAAUGCAGCUCAUUCUUCUGUGACAUAUGUUUUCAGACAUCUUUGCCAGAAGCUAGGCAGUGGUCAGCUGCAAAGGUCAGACUGCCCCAGAGUUACCUGGAAGCAGCUUAUAGCAGUAGAAAUAAUGGUGAGAGAUUUGAAAUCACAUUUGAAUUUCUCUCUAGGACUGGUCCAAGAAUGUACAUGAUAGUUUCUAUAUCAUAUUCUGCCCUGGCAGCCCAGGCAUUGUGGGAGCUGUUGUGCAGGGUAGACUUGUUAAAACGUACAUUUACAACGAGUAAAGGAGAAACUUGCCCCUUUAGUCAUAAUAGUUAGCUGUUGCAUGGCAAAGGUUAAUAAAGCCCUGACCCUAUCGCCUUAACAACACAGUUUGUAAGAGCUUGUAAGCAUCAGGUGCAUUGGAGCCUCCCACUUCAUCUCUCCUUUGAAGUGGGUGGGAACUCAAGGAGCAAAGAACCAGUUUUGGAAGAAAGCUCUGGGCCACUUCAGAUUCUUUCAUUCUCAUGAUUUUCUCUCAGGAAACACGCACUGUGAAUGGCAGGCUUUUCGUUUAGCCCCAGGUGACUUACUAAAAAUAGUUCAAAAUAUUCACCUAAGAAUAGAAUCUCAGCCUUUUAGUUUGAAGUAAAAAUGAAUAUUUCAGAAUGCACAGGAUGUUAAUAUUUUAAAGAAAACAUGUACUUUUUAAUAGAGAAAUUUAUAGUUUGACUCCAUGAUGUGGUCCUAUCCAUAAUGAUGAGAAAAACACUUAAAUUGUACCAAACAUUUUGAAUCUUAAAUUAUGUAUUCAAAAUGAGCUUUUAACCAACUAUAGCGCCUUCUCUUAAAAGUAGUGCCAGUAAGAGUCAGUAACGGCAAUUUCUACCCGUUAUGGAAAUUUAAUCAUGUAAACUUCCUAAUAUAAACAUAUUAAAUUUCUUCUCUCCAAAGAAUUGCUUUUCUUUUAAGUGACAACUUGACUAUUUUUAUGAUAAGCAUAUGAGAGUUAUCACACAUUUUCCAAAAGCAGGCUGUGUUGCAUACUUGGCUCUAAGAAAGAAUAAUGUUAAAAGCUUAAUAAGCCCCGAGAAUUACUUAAUUAUGUUGAUAUAGAGACUAUAGAAUAUUUACUUUGGCAAGAAAAUACUGAAAUGUUAUCAAUUCAUAGAUAUUGUUAGAAUUCAUAAGAAUGCAUGUUUUACAUUGAUAUAAAAAUAAAGAUAUUAAAUGAUUUCUGAUUCUUUAAAAAUCAAAAAAAGAGCAAGCUAUAAAUAGAGGAAAUUCUAGAGAAAAUGAAGGUAUUUAAAGAAGAAUAUUUCAAAGUGGAAUGUAUUUUGAGGGACAUAUAUUUUAACAAACAUAUUGUAAGAAUUGAUAUUGAAGUCAUCUCACAACUAUGAACUUGGAAAAGCCAUUUCAAACAACUACCAUUUCAAAAAUUGAGCCAAGCAAACUAAACCAUCUGUAUUCCUUUCUCAUUUCGUGGAAAAAAGCAGCCAUAUGAAGCUACACUUGUUAGGCAAGUCUAAGUUUGUUCUUUUAAAAAAAAAAAGUAAAUUUUAAAAAGACAUGUGCUUCCUAUGCCACCAGGACUUUUGAAUAAUUGUGAAACCCAAACCAUUUACCAUGUGCAUAUGCAUUUAAUGCAUGCAGAUAUAUGAGUAGGAAGAUAGUUCCAUAUUUCUUCUCCGCAGUGGAGAAACUUCUUGAGGUGACCAAAAAGCUGUCAAGCAAUGUGAGUCCUCAGAAGAUUAGUAAUGGUGUUUUCCUCAAAAGCAUAAGAAAAUGGCAUUUCCAUUUCUUAUCAAUGCAGUUUUCAACCUAGUUUUGUUACAUACCUAUAUCUCAAGCAUUUCUAACAUCUGCUUUUUCAGAAAAUAAACCAAAAAUAUUCUUUUGGCCUUUUCUAUCAUCUGACCUUUGGAAAAAAACAAAAAGAGGAGGGUUCUGAUUUUCUCAGUUAGUUGUUUUCGUUUGUGUGUGUUUUUUAAUGACGUAUGAAUGGGCUAUUUCUCAGCAAUCCAGGGAGUUCAUUUAGAUAAAUGAAUAGACUUCCAUCAACAUACUGGUUUCCUUGAUACUGGUGCUCUGGCCUUCAAGAAGAAAACAAGAGCCACCUGAAAAGAAAUAAUGGCUUUUUUCAGGCAGCAACUUAAGUUCUGUUACAGCAAUUGGAAGUUAAUAUUGUAGGGAAAAGAGAUACAAGGUCUUUUAAAAUCCACGCUCUCCUGAGAUGAGCUUUCUUGUUUUAUUCCAGUAUAUUCCACAAGGUGGCACUUUUCAUGGAGGCUGGGAAGGGGGUUGGAGGGGGGGAAUCUGAGGCUAAAGAGCUAUUUCUGAACACUUCAUUCUAAUUGUAUUUUUGUGCACAUACUUAACUCUUGUCUAGCACUUGUUUUUUAGGAGGCAAAUAGUCUUCAUACUAUUCUGUAACUUAGACAUUUUAGUUGUUAGCUAAGUUCUGAAGGAUUGCUAUUAAAUUUUUCUGGAGGAUGAGUAAUACUCUCAUUUUGAUCAUUUAAGUGGAUAAAGAAAGCUUAGGCAUUCAUUUAAGAAACAUUUUGAGGUAGCUAAAUACCUCACUUUUCUAGGUGCAAAAGUUUCCAAGAUGGACAGACUUACUACUAAAAAGGCAGCACUAGGUCUUGUUAGGAGUGUAAAACUCCACCAGUGCCCCAGCCCACGUACCAAACCCAUGUUUGCUGCUUUCACAUCCCCACAUCCCCUACCAUCGUGGCCUUUAGACAAUUCAAUGUCUUAACUCUAAUUUAAAAAACGGAUGAACAAAGUAAGUAGCACAUCAGUUACUAAAUAGCAAAACUAUUUUUUCCUAAAGAAUUGGCUAUGCUGAAAUAGCCCUGAAAUACUAAAAGACCUGCUAAUUUUUACAUUUGUAUAAUCACAAGUGUAAAUUCACAAGAAAUUACAAAUUAAAAAUUUUUUUGUCUAGACAUGAGUAUGCUAAUUUAGGAAUAUAUCUACACUAGUCUUUAAUUUCUCCAUUUGUGUAGUUCUCGGCAAUUUUAUUAUAGAUAUAAAUAUAGAUAUCCAUAUACUCAUGUUUUAAUUCACAGGUCUGCCCCAAAACCCAUUAAGCCCCCAAGUUUUAGUUCAUUUUAGAAGUCACUUUCCCCAGUUAGCGUCACUGAAAUUUAGGAGGAAGGAAAUCACAGUAUUUUUCAGAGUUUCCUUAACACAGCAUAACAGAAGGCAAGUUUAUUCCUAAGGAGUGAGGGAAGUUCCAUAGUGCCUGCUUAGCUUUCCUAAAGGGUAGCGGGCAGGCAAGUCUCAGUAAUUCACACUGAAUCAAAAUAACGCACACACCAGAGGCUGUCCAAAAGCUCAUAAAUCAUCGGCCUCGUCCCUCUGCUUCAAGUCCCACUGAAGCAGGUUACAAGUCAAGGCCGAAUUCGAACCACGAAUUUGGUAUCAGUUGGGCCAGUGUUAAUUCUGGCCGAACACCUUCGGGGCGCGCUGCUCGGGCCCCGCCCCUUUGGCAGUAGAGCGGCAGUGGGCGGAGCUGGCUGGGACCCGCCCGCCGCUCACCUGUUAGUGCUGAAAUGACGUGCAGACCCGGCUGGAAACGCCGUGGUCCACGUGCCUGCUGCUGUCUCAGAGGCAUCUGUUCUGCAACCUUCGGGCGUAAAAUGUCCCGAGAAGUAAACGGGUGUCUUCUGUGCAUACAUAAGUACAACACAAUUCUCCGGAGUUCAGGUAAUAAAGAGAUGCUGCUCUGUAUGAAGCUGUCUAUCAGGCAUCUCUCAAGCUCUAAGCUCAGUUGCUUUUUUUUUUUUUAAAGAGGAUAUGUAUAAUUACAGGAAAGUUGUUUUUUUUUCAAUUUUCUAUCAUUCUACAUAUAUGAUGGCAAAAGAUAUGCCUGGAAGGGUUUUGUUGUGUAAAUUGUUUAUUUUCUGCUUCAUCUUCAGUUGCCAAAAGCUCCUAACUCUUUUGUUCCGAUUUUUUUUUCUUUUUUUUUUCUUUUUUUUUGUCAAGUAAUUAAAGAAAUGUUAGCAAAGUAUCUCAUGUAGUAGGGGAAUUUCCUGGUUAGAGGAACUUUUGUGUGAAUUGUUUUGUUAAGCAAAUAAUCCUUUAUUUUAGGUGUUUGGAUUGUCAAAUGUAGGUUUUUCUUAAAGGGGGCACAUAACUGUACAUAUUACUACCAAGAACUAUGACUGUAGCACUAAUCAGCAAGCAUAUUGGUAGAGCCACACAGUUAAGUUCUAGCCCUCUGUGGUUUCUAGCCAAAUUCCGUUUAUGUGCUUAGGUUACAGUCUGGCAGAUAGCCUGUAUACCCUCACUUGAAAGUUUCUGAUGUUAAGUUUUAUGAAAUGCUAUAACAUGUAUUAGCUAACAAUAGUUCUAUGCUCACCAGCAACUCUGAACUUGACCUUGAAGUCUCUGAAUAAUGAAAAUAGAUUUCAGCAAUAAUACAUUUACUGAACACCCCCCAAGUGCAUUAUAUAUCUUCUCAUUUUGGUCCUGUGUUGGCAACAAUGUAUACAUGACUGUUAUAGUUCCUCACUUAUUUGUAUUCAUUUAUUUUGCUAUGACAAAUAAUAAAUACAUUAGUACAUGGAGUGAAUAGCAUCAACUACCCCUAGGAUCAGCACUUAACAAGAUGGGGAAUAUCUAUUUCAAGUUUUUCUACUUUUGCAUAAAUUAUUUCUAUUAUUAUUCAUUUAUAUUAUUUAUUGCUGCAUCACACUAGUCCUGUGAAAGUUCAACUGAAGGCAGACUGCAUUAGGGUAUGCAUUUAACCUUCAUGAUCAUGGUCUUGACAGAGCUAAGAAAGUAAAGAUUAGACUCAGCCCCCAAGUAAGCUGCAUGCAUUUUAACAUGAUAGUAGGAUUUAAGUCUAUAGCUAUAGUGUUUUUAUGUCUAGAUGUCUUAAUUAUCAUUAUGUAAGGAAUUAAAGCAAAGGAAUUUGUAGUUGUUCUUUUGUCAAAUAUGCAUAUAAUAAUAUAGUGUGAAAAUAUAGCAACAAUAAAAACUACAGACAGAAAAUCAUCCGAUACUGCCUUAAUUUAGGGACUCUGCCAGAUGGCCACUGGAGUUGAUGCCAGGCCGAGACUAUGGGUGCCAGUGCAGAGCCUCUUGUCUGGCCUAGAGAAGAGCCUCCACGUGCGAUCUAGAGCCCUCGUAGGCAUUGUGUGCAGUAGUGGGAACAGGUAGUUUUGGUGCAAGGAGAGCAUUGUGAGAGUUUUCUGUAGAAGCAGAACUGUCAGCUUGUGCCUUGAAGCUUCCAGAAUGUGCUAGAUGGAGAAGUCCAAGUUUCCGUGCUUCACAUGACUUGGUUUUGUGCAGAAGCAAUCCAGUCUGGUAGUAAAAACAAGGACUGCGUGUACAAUAGUCAACAGUGGGAUCUUAAUAACCAAUAAUUCCCAACAACCUCAAAAGCUUGUUGCAUUUCUGGUGUUUUAGGUUUUGAUCUGAAGGCUAAAUGGCAAGUGUUUGGUCUAGCAGAGCAGGGUGUGUUAAGGAGAGCACAGUAUCGGUGCCCGUAGAUGGCAGGUUAGAACUAGAGGGUCUUGCAGGAUUAUCAUUUCUGAGAUGUGUGAACUGUAGUCGUGUUUCUGCAUUCCCAUAGGGCCUUAACAUAAGAAAACGUUCUUCUAGGUUUCAGCACGGAUGUCACACCCAGUGGGCUUUUUUUUUUUUUGCUUUUGUUUUUUUUACUUAGACUAGGAAAGGUUCUAAGAGUAGAAAAAAUCUUAAUUUAGACAUUUGCUUUGUUGGUUUCUGUGUUUGAAAUCACGGUUCUGGAGGUGCGGAGACUGUGCAUGUGCAUGUCAGAUACUAAUCUGGGCUGUGUGAGCCAGCCCAGGAGAGCUAAUGCUCGCCCAUCCCUGCAUCUCUUCCUCCCUCCCUCUGAGGUGCUCCCUGCCCUCAUCCUGGCCAGUCCAUGUGGUGCUCUCCAUCCGCCUCUGCUGUUCUUUGGGCAUCAGGGACAUGAUGAAAGAUCCUUUCAGCAUCACGGGUGUGCUCAGGUUUGGCCGCCGUCCUUACCGGACGCUCAGCUGGCCACAGUCAUCAAGAGAAGGCUCCUGGUGCUGGGCACAGAGUGUGCUCACAAAACCAAUCCCAAAUGCCCUCUAGCAUCUUUGUAUAUACCUUGAUUUUUAAGCCAAGUCAUUCUACAGAGCAUUCAGUUUGGGCUGUGAUACAAGGAGAAAAACUAACCAAGAAUACAAACCACAUUUCAGGCUGCUGUUUUCUGUCCAUUUACAGGCUAUCCUUUUACUGUAUUUCUUCAUACUUGAAACUCAUUCCGCUAUUUUAAUAUCAGGGUACAGACUCAUAAGGGUGCAUGUUUCUUAAAGGUGCAAAAUUACUCUCAUUCCGUUUGCUCGUGUUGCUACAGAAUGCUCUGGUUUGGUGCUUUGGGUUCAGCAGGUCAGAGAAGCAGUGUGGAAAUUUACUGUCUGGAACAUAGUCUUACAAGAAUGUUGGCAGAUGGCUUGAUGUUAGAUAAGGCUCUGCUCUUUUCUCUGUACACAAGGUUGAGAGUUACCACACUGGCCUGGCAGGUUCAGCUGGGUACCCUUCCUCACAGGCUGCAUAAACCCUGUGCUCUCCAAAAGUGGGGGAGGGGUGUGUGCAGCUCUCUGAAAGCAGGGAAUCUCCCUACAUAUCAGGAUCAUUUACCCUUAAAGAAAAACGGCCUCCGGUGGAGACAGGAACAGAAUGGGGAGGACUGUCUCACUCUAGUGACCAUCCCUCCUUUCUAUAAAGAAAACCCCCCUGAGGAGGAAAAAAAAAAAAGAAAGUAAGAAAGCCUAUCUGUAAAGUUAUCCUCUUCAUAGUACCCUGAGCUGAAUAAUCUUGCUUCCUUCCUAUAGGUAAAUGAAAAUGCAAGUCAGUUGAUCUAGACCUGAAGAAGAAAAUAAAAAAGUAGGUGUUUGUAUAGAUGAAAUAUGCAAGCCAAUGGCCACCAAAACUUACAUUAAAUACCCCAUCACCAGCCAUCUGUUUUUAAAAGCUCAAGUAAAGAAUGUUUUAUGACCCCGGGUUUCUGAGGUCAGAGGUAGCCAUUCUAGCAUGCGCCUUACUCUUAAGAAUUACUUGGAGAGAGAACUGCCAGUAGUGAACACUGCAGUGGAGAAGGUAACAUGUCAGAAAAUUCAGGGGGUUGCAGAUCAAUAACCCUUUGGAAACUGGAUGUCUUACUGGGUGCUAGAAUGCAAUUUUGGGUAUUUAUUUUCAGAUAAUGGAAAAUUUAUUGUUCGUUAAGAAUUGGUGUUGAAAUGUCAUUGUUUUCUCUUAUACACAAGCUCCAUGGAAGCAAAAAAAUGCUUUGUAUACUUGUCAUGCUUUCUGUAUUUCUUACAAGAAGAUUGGUAGCAAAUAAAAAUAAUAAAAACAGCGAUUUAAACAGC